AUGGUGACCAUCAACGUGGCCUUCACGUCUCCCAUCAACCCGGCCGGCGCCACGCCCGUCCUCACCCUGAACCAAGUCUGGGCCGGUCUCGAGCGUAAGAUCCGGUUCGCGCAGGAAUUUGUGCCCGUCAUCCUUGGAACGGAGGUGCUAGAGGAGACGACCGAAGGAACCGGCUCUGAGGCCGUGCCGGUCGUCGUGCGCGAGGCGACGUUUAAGGAAGGAUUCCGGGAAGGCGACCCGAAGGUGAAGGAGGUGUGCAAGUGCUAUGAACCGUCGAGAGUUGACUUUCACCAACCCAACGGCACCAUCAUCAGCAACGUCAUCAGUUUCGACGCAAAUGACGCGCUGAAUAUGACGUAUAGCUUCGCCUGGCGGUACCCAGAGGUCAGCGCGAGCGAUGCGGCUGCCGUCGCGGAGCUGCGGAAGAAGCACCGCGCGGGCGCGCAGAUAGCCGUCGAAUCGAGCAUUCAGGCAAUCAGGGAGAUGGUCAAGGAUGGGCGAAUCAAGGAAGCUUAA